AUGAAGCUUACUGGUAACUGUCUACAUGGUUCAAGACCUCUACUACACUUUGAUGCUGCCUUUGAUAAUACUACCACUCCACAAUUAAUGUUAUAUAAACAGAUGUUCAUAAGGAUGUUUGGGAUACCGAGGAAUCAUCCUAAAUCUAAGCCUUUCUAUGAUCAUGUUAUGGCAUUCUAUUGGUUGGAUAAUAAGAUAUGGAUUAGACACUAUCAGAUCAGUCCUGAGGCCGCCGCCGCUACUGAGUGUAUGAAUAACCCUAAUAAACAGACUCUCACUGAGAUCGGCCCUAGAAUGGUAUUAGAACCAAUGAUAGUAUUAUCAGGUAGCUUUAGUGGUGAUGUUAUAUAUCGUAAUAUACGAUAUGAAUCCCCUACUGAGAUGAGAAGGCAGUUGAAGCGGGCUAGAGCCGUGGAACAUGAGGCUAAGGUUAUUGAACAUGAGAAGUCUAAGAUGCGUAAGGUUGCUGCUAAUCUAGAGGAGGAUCAUCUUGAUGAGAUAUUUGGUACUACUACUGAUCAUCACCAUCGUGAUGAUGAUGUAAUGGUUGAGUAGUAAUACU